CAAACUUUACUUUCGUUCCGUGCGGUUGACAUCGCAAUUUCGCCGGAGACGCGCAAUUCCCGUUAAGGGGCUACUUCAACAGCUGCGACUUAACGACCUACAGCUAGUUUUCGUUGUUUUGUAGUAAUUCAAACGACAUCUGACGAGAGACCCCAGCUGUCAAACAUAAUCUACACGAAUUAUUUCUGAUUUCGUUCUGGCAAGAAUCGCCGAGCGCACUAAUUGGUUUUGGAAAUUAAGAGAAAUUCAACGCAGGCAAUUAAGCGGAUCGCAGAUGCCGUGGCGAAGAUGAGUCGGAGUCUUGAGUCUUGUCGUCGUGGCCAGGCUCAUCUCGAUUCCGAUUCCGAUUCCGAUUCGGAUUCCGAUUCCCGGGUAGAAACGUGAGUGGAUGCAAGUGGUGCGAGUGCGCAAGAACACAAUGCUGGAGGUGGACAAGAUUCUGGAGAAGUGCGGCGACUUCAGCCGGCUUCAGCUGAUAAUGCUGCUGCUCUUCUGUGUGAUCAACGUGCUGUCGGCCCUGCACUACUACUCCCAGACGAUCAUCAGCUUCGUUCCAAAAUACUGGUGUGCAGACGGUUUGCCCGCCAACUUCGAACCGCCGGAUGAGUCAAGCUGCCUGCCCCUGGACAGGAAUAUUAGCAGUUCGAAUACCUGCUUUAGUUAUGACUACGAGCUCUACAUGGGCUACCAGAGCUUUCCCAGCGAGAUGGACUGGGUGUGCGCCGAUGCCUGGAAGCUCACCCUCGGCCAGUCCAUGUUCUUUGUGGGCUCUGUGGUGGGCUCCAUGGUGCUGGGCUACCUGGCGGACGUGGUCGGCCGUCUUCCCAUCCUGAUCGUGGCCAAUUUGAUAGCCAUGAGUGGGAAUCUACUGACCAUCUGGAGCACCAAUGUCACGCUCUUCUGCAUUUUCCGCAUGAUAUCGGGCAUUGCCACGGAUAGCAACUUUGUGAUGAUGUAUAUUCUGGUAAUGGAGUACAUGCGUCCCUCGGUUCGAACCCUUGGCCUGAGCAUCUGCAUAGGAUUGUUCUACUGUCUAGGCUCCAUGGCGGCACCCUGGAUCGCCGUGCUCAUGCGCAGCUGGCGGGGAUUCCUGCUGGCCACCUCCUUGCCCCUGCUGGUGGUGCCACUCUUCUACUUUAUAGUCCCCGAAAGCAUUCAGUGGCUGAUUUCGAAGCAGAAGUAUGAGAAGGCAGUGGUCUGCCUGAAGCGGGUGGCCAAGAUAAAUGGGCGGCGGGUGGAGGAGAGUGCCUUCGAGGAGUUCAUCGAGGAGUGCAAGUUCAGCCAGCAAAACCAGAAGGCCUCGCCCCAUCUGUUUGACCUGUUCAAGACGCCCCGCCUGCGCCGCAACACGCUCAUCCUCUUCUUCAAGUCCAUGGUCAUCACCCUGUGCUACGAUGCCGUAUCGCGAAACGUUCAGGGCCUUGGCAUUUCGCCAUUUGUGAUGUUCUCGCUGAGCGCCACCGCGAUUCUGCCGGCCUGCCUGCUGAUCAUCGCCCUGCAAGAUCGCAUCGGUCGCAAGGCGAUGGCCUCCGCCUCCCUGCUGCUGAGUGGCAUUUUCAUCUCGGUCACCGGGGGCAUCAUCUUCGCCGCCGCAGCAUCGGAUAAGACCACCACCCUGCUGGUAAGCCUCUCCGUGGUGGGUCGUUUUGGAGUAACAGUGGCCUACAACUCGGGAGCCCAGUAUGCCACCGAGCUGAUCCCCACCUGCGUUCGGGGUCAGGGAGUGGCUGCAGUCCAUGUGGCCGGCUACGCCUUCACCUUCUUCAGUGCCUACAUCCUGUAUACGAGGAGCAUCUUCUCGCCGCUCCCCGAGAUUAUCCUGGGCGUGCUGUCCUUGCUGGGGGCUUGUCUCUGCCUCCUGCUGCCGGAAACCCUUCAUCGCACUUUGCCCACUUCCCUGGAGGAUGGGGAGAAUUUCGGGAAGAGCGAUCGCUGGUACACCUUCAGCUUCCUGGAGAAACGCACCCAAUCAGCAGCCACUCUGGACACCCAAAACGUCAAGAUGUACUCGCAAUCGACGGAAUCGGCCGUCUACUUUUAGUAAAUACUAAAAAUAUACUUUUAGGCAGCGGAAGUCGGUUGGGUUUUAUCACUGCAGUUGUAGUUUUCUGUAGAGCCCACCAAAUUGUUAGUGUAUAUAAAAUGAGAAACGGUGUCCAAGACAUAAAAUACAGUUGUAGAAUAAGUUUACCAAAUGUGUACAAUAGAAAAGUGAGAAAGCAAUAAAUUGAUAUUUUAAUAUUGGUUA